UGAAUUUGAAGGUGUUAUCUCUACAUUCGUCAGUUACGUUUUUAAGACAGCUACAAGACGUCUGGGCCCAUCGCUCGGAGCUUCAGGUGCCGUCAUGACUGUAUUGGCUGCUGUCUGCACCACAAUACCAGAAGCUAAGCUGGAGAUCAUCUUACUUCCUGUGGUCAGCUUAAGUGCUGGAAAUGCUUUGAAAGCCCUUGUUGCCUUGGAUACAGCUGGUCUUCUUUUUGGCUGGAGGUUGUUCAACCAUGCGGCCCAUCUCGGGGGGGGGCUAUAUUUGGAGUGUGGUACAUCCUGUAUGGUAAUGAUAUGAUCUGGAGGAGGCGUGAGCCACCGGUGACGUUUUGGCAUGAGUUAAGGAAUGGGUCACCUGGGAGAUCCCAACCAAGUUGAGACUGAUCUCACAUGAAUCCUCAUCCAGUGUGAGCUGUUUUCAUACAAAGCCCACAGCAGACACCACAGUUCUCUGCACGUGAGGAAACCAUCCCUCCUUGAGCCCAGACUGUGUUAGGUAAUCUCUUCCAGUGCUGACCAAGAGGAACCAACCCAAUCCGCUCAGGUCUCUAAGCAAUAAUGAGUCCAAAGCAUGUCAUCUUCAAGAAAAUAUCCAAAGACAAGUCGGUGGGUGUGUACAUGGGUAAGAGGGACUUUGUUGACCGUGUUGACUCUGUGGAACCAGUAGAUGGCGUCAUUUUAAUCGACCCUGAACAGCUGAAGGGAAAGAAAGCAUACGUUACCUUAUCCUGCGCUUUUCGAUAUGGACCCGAUGACAUGGACGUGUUGGGCAUGUCGUUCAGGCGAGAGCUCUACCUGUCCACCAGACAGAUUUACCCACCACUGCAAGACAAAGAUCAGCGCAUUCUCACCAAAGUGCAGGACAAACUAGUGCGCAAACUGGGUGACAAUGCCUACCCGUUUUUCUUUGAAUUUCCAGAUAAUUUGCCUUGCUCUGUAGGACUGCAGCCAGCUCCGACUGAUGUUGGAAAGCACUGUGCAGUUGAGUUUGAGAUAAAAGCCUUUUGUGCUGAGAGCCAGGAUGCCAAAGUUCGCAAACGGAGCACAGUGCGUUUGAUGAUUCGCAAAGUCCAAUAUGCUCCAGAGCAACCAGGACCAGCACCUUGUGUCAAGACCACACGUGACUUUCUAAUGUCUGACAAGCCACUUCAUAUGGAGGCAAGCUUAGAGAAGCAGACGUACUAUCACGGGGAACCUAUUAAUGUACUGGUAAAAAUCAAUAAUGACUCCAACAAAAAUGUGAGAAACAUCAUUAUAACAGUGGAACAAAUCGCAAAUGUGGUUCUGUACUCCAGCGACAGUUACAUGAAGGCAGUGGCUAUUGAGGAUUCUGGAGACUCAGUUGAAUCUGGUGCCCAAUUGAAGAAAGUCUACACUUUGCUCCCCCUACUGGCCAACAACAGAGAACGGCGAGGAAUUGCACUUGAUGGAAAACUAAAGCAUGAAGACACCAAUCUAGCAUCUUCAAGCAUUAUUAAAGAAGGUGUGCUGAAGGAGGUUCUGGGUAUCCUGGUGUCUUACAGAAUCGUUGUGAAGCUUAUUGUUGGAGGGAUCAUAGGAUCCAGUGAGGUGGGGGUGGAGCUUCCUUUCCAACUUAUGCACCCGAAGCCUGAUACAGUGAAAGAAAGUGAACUCGGGGAUGAAAUGGUGUUUGAAGAGUUUAAACGCGCCUACUUAAAGGGCAUGAUUGAAGAUGAGGACGAGGGGAACGUGUCACCUGGCGAGCAUUGAGAAGCGCAUAACAUCACUUUGCAGUAGUGCCAUUAAGGUUUUUAGUAGACAGCCAUAUGAAAAUAAUUAAUGCAACACUACACUGGACUAAAGAUUUUAAAAGGUAAAAGUGAAAUGUAUAAAACAAUUUAGGAGUUCUCCAGAAAUGAGCUGCUUGAUCUCCAUCAGGAUGAUCUGAAACAUAUCACAUAACAGAAUAAGUUGAAUGCUUUCCAGUAUAUUGUGGGAGAACUGUAGAUUUUAGGGGCACACCUAUGGAAAUAAAGAAACUGCUGUGCUGGUGUUCAGUGGCUACACUCUUAUUUUGUCUAAAUGGUUCUUUAAAGCACCUUUAACAUCUGAAGAACCUUUCUGUUUCGCAAAAGAAAAAUGUAUAUGACUAAAUGGUUCUUUGUGGAACCAAAAACAGGUUGGCAUUGCUUUAUUUUUAAGAGUGUAUAUAAGAAUAAAAAAGUAAAAAAUUAAAGAUGUCCUAGCUGUGUUUCUUGCUG